UAAAACUGAUUUUGUAUGCGAGAAAACUUGCUCAACAGGAUGUAGGCAAGUUGGGGGUUUAUCACAGCAUCUUGGCAGUUGGGAAGGUUUCUAUGGGGGCAGGUGAGAACCCAGGAUAAAAGAACACGAGCAGACAUGUGAAGGGCUGGGCAGGAGAGAGGGAGCUGGGCAGCUGAGAGGAGGCAGCUAGAGAGCUGGAGAAGCCAGAGGAGCCUUGGACAAGACAUGUGAGGAAUGAAGACCAGAGGGGAAGGCAGAGAUGAAGCCGAACUCUAUUCCCCUGCCUUUUUGCAGGAGGAUCACUGCAAACAAAGGAGGCAGCCAGGACAUCGUUUUUGCUGAGUCACUGCAGAGCAGGAAGUUUGUGGGCGGAUGUGCGACAGAGAGAGAAAAAAACUCGAAUGUCUGGAAGGCUGCAAACAACUCAAAAUUGAUCCCUGGACGUCUCCCAUUGACUUGAACAGCAAUUCGGCAGAUUUUAGGUCAACAGAAGAAGAGAUGGAGAUGUGCAGCAACCACAGACAGCUCGAGACAAUGGCACAGACACUGCAGCAGGGACUGAUACCAUCAAUACCACAGGACAAGGUACCCGGCCCUGCAAGGCGUGGCUUCUGGGACAUUCAUACAUACAUUGGGCAGCGCAACGGGAUACGUUUCAUCGUGCGGAUGGCCAGUUGGGUUUUCAACAAACGCAGGUGCAGUUGCAGGUGGAUCAGCAGGAGGGGGCUUAAGUGGGAGGAAAUCGUACCCCUGGUUGUGCAAAAAGCAAAAGAAUGUGGCCCACCUAACAUUAUUGUCUUACAUGCGGGGGGCAAUGAUGUAGGGCAAUGUCCCAUGAAGUUCCUAAUAAAAGACAUUAGGAGGGAUUGUCUCAGGUUGUGGACCCUUUUCCCUGGGGUGGUGCUAAUAUGGUCAGAGAUCAUCCCUAGAGCUCAUUGGAGAGGGGCCCAUUCACAUCAAGCCGUAAACAGGGCUAGGAUUAAGAUCAACAGGGUAGUCUCAAAAUUUGUGCAGGGCAAUGGAGGGAUAAUUGUGAGGCACAUGGAUCUCGAGAAAGAUCGGGGUUAUUUUCUACCGGAUGAGGUACAUUUAAACGAUUUAGGCCUGGACCUAUUUAAUUUCAGGUUACAUGAGGCCAUUACAUUAGCAUAGAGGGCAUGGCAUUGUAUGCUGAGCUGAAAGAGUCCAGCUUGGCAUACAGUGGCGAGUCUUUUGUCAGUCUGCCGGGGAGGUGAUCUGUUAUGGGAUGACAGAUCAAGUCAACUGGGUGGUGUAACCCCUUAAGGUGGGUGACCACGGUUAACAGAUGGAGUACUAAAGGGCGGCAAUAGGAAGCCCUGGGAGAGGCGGCAGGGAUCCUCUUAGCUAGGGAUUGGGCGGCUGGAGGAUAUCCUGGCUUGCUUUGGAAGGGGUAGACUGACAAUGGGCUCAGGCAGACAAAUUUGGGUUACUUAUUGUUAUUAUCUAAUGGAAUUGUUGUAAUGUUAUAUAAAUGGAUGUUAUGGAUGAACUAUUUACGCUUACAUUUGUAUUGAUGUUAUGCAUUGUUAUGUAUUAAUAAAAGCUGUGGCCAUGAUCAUUCCAAAUAAUGAUAUUUGUCACUGGUUAUUAUGAGUCAGAGGAGUGAGUGUAGGCGGAUGCAUGGGUCAUGAGAGCCCCAUAGCAGCGAAGUCAGAGGAGGGGCUGCAUAACCCAGCUCUGCAUGCCAGCGGAUGAUAGGCAGAAGUUGGAGGGAAAGGGGGGGAAGGGGCAUAGCAACAAGCCAGAGAGAUGGAAACAAAAGGAGACUGUGUAGGCUGGGCUAGCCACCAUUUUAUGUGGGCAGCGAGGAAGAAGGUUCCCACCCACCCUCCCGUUAGCUUGGGAAUAACAACUCUAACUGGUCAAUGCUGUUUGAUAGGCAUUGCCCUGGGGGUUUGGGGUGUAAGAAUAUUAUGGGUGUAAAAAGGGAAUAGGGGUAUUUGUCACAGCACAGGCGGGUCUUUUGUCAGUCUGCCGUGGAGGUGAUCUGUUAUGGGAUGACAGAUCAGGUCAACUGGGUGGUUUAACCCCUUAAGGUGGGUGACCACGGUUAACAGAUGGAAUACUAAAGGGCGGCAAUAGGAAGCCCCGGGAGAGGCGGCAGGGAUCCUCUUAGCUAGGGAUUGGGCGGCUGGAGGAUAUCCUGGCUUGCUUUGGAAGGGGUAGACUGACAAUGGGCUCAGGCAGACAAGUUUGGGUUACUUAUUGUUAUUAUCUAAUGGAACUGUUGUAAUGUUAUAUAAAUGGAUGUUAUGGAUGAACUAUUCACGCUUACAUUUGUAUUGAUGUUAUGCAUUGUUAUGUAUUAAUAAAAUGAAUAAAUGAAA